CUGUUACACACAAACGAAGCAUAAAAUCUCGUUUCUCGGUCCAUCCAUUCACGGAUAUCAAGGAAUUUCUGCUUUUUUCCAAUUUCCAUUUUCCAUUGUUAGUUUUUUUCACCCUCUUUUUUUGGCCCCCUUUGAUUGUAAAAUGAGCUAUGAUUUUCUCGAAUACCUAUUUUCUUUAAUGGGCAGUGCUCUCUGUUGCUCUCUUUCUACUUUGUAGAGAGAGGAAACAAACCCCUCGAUCCCUCUGUUGCCACUUCCAAUUCGAUCUCAUAAAUCUGAAUCAAACCCAUGUGAGCAAACCUUCCCUUUCUGUUUUAUAUUGGAAAGCAAUAAGCACAUUGCCUAGGUUUUCAAAAAGAGGGGUUCUCUGUCUUUCUAUGGCUUGAACUUGAAAAACCAUGGAUAGCUGCAGCGACGAGGGUGAAGAGUCGCUGUUUUUUGACGCCCUCGAGCACAUUGUGCAAGAGCCUGAUGUGCUUUCUAAUAACUCAUCUUCUGAACAUCAGGAAUAUGAGUUGUGGACUAGCAUUCCUCUGAGUGUUAGGGAUCGCCGUAGCAAAUUCAUUAGAUGGAUGUUGGACCCCGAUGCAUCUGAAGGGGAAAAUUCCGUUGAUGCCUGUGAAAUCAGCCAUGGUGGCGAUAUUUGCAGAAUUGGGGAGGAUGUCGAGGCUGUGUUGGGAACUUCAGGUGUAGAAGAUAAUUCCUGUUCCAGUGUCUCUUCAUUGUCUAGUUGGAAUGCUGAUGAUUUGGAUAUUCCUUGUCGAGUCGGUUCAAAUGAUGUCAAUAGGACUUGCAAUGGUGCAACUGAAUUUAGGGUGAUGCAAAAUGUCAGGCUAGGAGAGGUUUGGGCUGGUGGGUUGGACCAGUUUAAAUCUUCUGGAAAAUUUGAGUCUCAAUCCCCUCCCUUGGUUCAGCAACUUGCGAAGGAGGGUAAUCGUGGUGCACCUACAUUCAUUGAUAGAUUGAGGAAUAGGUGGUUGAGUAGAUUGCGCUCCAUGAAUUGUAUGAUGAGUGUGAGUGUUAAAGACAGCCAAGCUCAGGGGAAAAAGAACUGUAGGGUCAAGGUUCAACAUAGUCGGAAAAAGCUAAAAGAACUCUCAGGACUCUUCACAGGACAAGAUAUUCAAGCCCAUCAGGGUUCAAUAUUGGCGAUGAAAUUCAGCCUUGAUGGGCGGUACCUUGCAAGUGCCGGUGAAGACAAGAUUGUGAGAAUAUGGCAAGUGGUGGAAGAUAAUAGACCAGCAACAGUUGAAAUACUGGAUGCGGAUCCUUCGUGUGUGUACUUUUCAGUGAACCAUCUUUCUGAAUUAGCACCUCGCAUAGCAGAAAAAGACAGAUAUGGUAAAUCUAUUGGGCUGAGACAGACAUCAGACUCGGCCUGCAUUGUCUUCCCUCAAAAGGUUUUUCGUAUUUCAGAGGAGCCGUUGCAUGUUUUCAGUGGACACAGCGGGGAGAUCUUGGAUAUUUCAUGGUCAAACAAUAAUUGCCUGCUUUCAUCGUCGGUUGAUAAAACUGUUCGGUUGUGGAAGGUCGGGGUCGAUCAUUGUCUCAAGGUCUUCAACCAUACAGAUUACGACCCCAUCUUAUGCUGUGCAGUGACCUGCGUUCAGUUUAACCCUGUCAAUGACAAUCUCUUCAUCAGUGGUUCAAUAGAUGGGAAGGUCCGAAUGUGGAGUAUCAGCGGCUCUAAAGUUAUUGACUGGGCAGAAACGAAGGACAUAGUCACUGCUGUUUCGUAUCGCCCUGAUGCAAAGGGAGGGAUUAUUGGUUGUAUUACGGGGACCUGUCACCUCUUCAAUAUAUCUGAUAAUCUCUUCCAGUUGGAGGGACAGAUGUGUUUAGCCGGAAAGAAAAAGUCGUCGUGCAAAAGGAUAAUUGGCUUUCAGUCAUUUACAAUGAUGCAGUUCUUACCACAAAACCCAAUGAAAUUCUUGGUUACUUCUGCUGAUUCACACGUCAGAAUUGUUGAUGGAGCGUUAAAUGUGAUAGAAAAAUACAAAGGCCUCCGCAAUGCAGGGAACCAGCUUUCUGCCUUGUUUACUCCAAGUGGAAAGCAUAUUGUAUCAGCCUGUGAGGAUUCAAAUAUUUAUAUUUGGAGCUACAAUGGAGAUGGAGAUUCGGCUUUCUCACAACCAAAACUUGUUAGGUCAUUUGAAUGCUUCUCCGCUGAUGCCUCCGUUGCUAUCACGUGGCCUGGCAUGAAAUCUAAUUCGCACCUUGACAGCUCAGUUAAUCCGUUGCCAUUCUUUUCAUCCACUGGCUUCUCACUAAGCCAAGAGUUUCCCAUCGACUCCAAGGGCUCAGCAACAUGGCCCGAGGAAAAGCUUCCCACGCCAAGUCCCCUAGCCUUAAGAUAUUCCAUGAGCAAGUCUGAGUACAAGCUUUUCAGGACUUCUUUCCAGAGUUCGUCGACUUCUCAUGCUUGGGGCAUGGUUAUCGUCACCGCCACAUGGGACGGACGGAUUAGGUCAUUCCACAAUUAUGGUCUGCCAGUACAACUUUAACACAAGGCAACAUCAGUGCUCAAAACUGAAUAUGAUAUCCUUUGAAAGGUGCCCUCUGCUAACGAUGUUCCCUUUUUUCGUAUGUGCAUGCAAAUUCAUUGCACGAGGGGCUGGCAAGCAUACCCUAUCCAUUAAAUUGCUACGUAUUUUGGGGGUAUUCCACAAUUGUGAAUCAUUGGGCUUGUUCAGAUGCAUGCAUUCAUUCGAGACCAGACGAGCAAUGACAGCUGGCUAAGUCAAAUGUUCAAAUUCUUGAGAGACCUGAGGUUUGCUAUACGGACCCCAUCAUUUUGUUGCUGGGCUUAAUUGUAUCGAUGAUUCUUUCAUUUUUUAAAUCUCGGUGGAUCUUUAUCUGCUGGCCCAUCUGAGAAACCACGAGGAAGAAACGAUCUCUGCUUGAGAUUGACGUGCAUUAUGGAGGUGCUCGUGGGACCGUGUAUAGUCUGUUCUAUACGUUUUAUUCGUGGUGGGACUGCGCUUGAGGAGGGACUGGGGCUGGUGGCCGGAAUUUGUCGUAGGAAAAGUAGUGGGGAAUGGUUUCUUUGUGGCUGCAUUAUUGAGUUUUCAUUUGUCUGCCAUUUUGAUUCUUGAUGGAAAAUAGUUAAGGAAUUAUAAAGCGUCCAUUUCUUAGGCUAACUGCGUUCACUUUGCCUGCUAUGUGAGCUUAGUGCUAGUCUUCGGAGACUGUUAGAUGUGUCUCCCGGAGGCUGGCUCGACAGCCGGAGGUCAAUGCUGCAACAUUUGGGAUAUUGAGAUUUGAGAUGAUUUGAUUAUGAGUGUAAAAUUGAGGGAGUUUAUAGUUCAAAAAAAAGGAAAGGAAAAAAGUUUUGAUGUUUAUGGUGACAUUUAAUGUAAAUACAAAAUUUCCGCGUGUAUAUUUAUUCCAGCUACUACAAUUGUUAGCUUCAAUGGAAGUAGUUUAAUAUAUUACAGUAUUUGCAA